AUGAGAUCUUUGAUUUUCGUACUCGUCUUACUUGCUUCCUCUGUCUUUGCAGCCCCACUUGAUAAACGACAAGACGCAUGUGGUGGCUUUCGUAUCACUUCACCAACUCAAAGUGGUCUUCAAUGGACUCAUGGGCAAUGCUAUCAAAUUUCAUUCGACGCUGGAAACAACUCAGCUGGCGCUCUUCAAGUAACAUCAGUGGAUUUACUUGACGUAGCUGGGAAUCUUGUAAAAACACAAUGGAGCGGUUCGGUUGAUCCCGCUCUUCAAGGUUACGUGCCAUUCUUCAAUUUGGAUCUUGGUCCAACGCCAACCACAGGAACUUAUUCUUUCCGCGUAAAUGUACAUACCUCUGGUGGCGCUACAUGUGUUCGUAAUACUGUGUCUAUCACUGGCAUUUUUAAUCCAAAUAGCGGAUUUGUGCCAUGUCCAGCUUCAUAA